GACGUCAUCGCACGGUCUCUCACUCCCUUCCUGCUGCAACAGAACAGCCGUUAGCAGCCCGACUAGCACCAGUGACAGCACAGGCACAGCGUCUUCCGCCACUUAUUCAUUGAUAAACCAACAGACCCAUCACUGUCCUGACGCGGGGUUGACCGACGAGAACUGGUAGCAGCGCAUUAACCUCGCUCCAGCUGUUGGGACAUGGCCAGGCCGGAACAGGUUCUGCUCUUGGAGCCUCAACACGAACUGAAAUUCAGAGGUCCUUUCUCAGAUGUGGUCACCACAAAUCUCAAGCUCUCCAACCCUACAGACAGGAAUGUGUGUUUCAAGGUGAAGACGACGGCACCACGCCGAUACUGCGUGAGACCAAACAGUGGCAUCAUCGAUGCUGGCACUUCAAUCAAUGUCUCAGUUAUGCUGCAGCCUUUUGACUACGACCCCAAUGAGAAGAGCAAACACAAGUUCAUGGUUCAGUCCAUGUUAGCACCUCCUGACAUGACUGACAUGGAGGGAGUGUGGAAGGAGGCCAAGCCAGACGAACUGAUGGACUCCAAGCUGAGAUGUGUUUUCGAGAUGCCUUUGGACAUGGAAAAGACGCACGAUAUGGAGUCCAACAAGAUGAUGUCGUCCAGCUUGCUGAAGUCAGACUCCGCGAUGCCUGUGAAGUCCAUGAGCUCCACCCUGGACGACGGGGAGGUGAAGAAGAUCAUGGAGGAGUGUAAGAGGCUUCAGAUGGAGGCCCAGAGGCUACGAGAAGAAAACAAACAGAUACGGGAGGACGACGGUUUGCGGAUGAGAAAGAGUAACAUGAUGUCGUCCCAGCACGCUGCAAUGGGCAUAAAGAAAGAGGAAGGCUUAAGCAUCCGCUCUCUGGCCCUCAUUGUGCUCCUCUUUGUGAUGGGCCUCAUCGUGGGCAAGUUGGUCUUGUAGAGCGCAGAGCAGCGUGGUCGGCCGCAGCAUGCUUUCAGGGGAUGAAAACAAUACAAGGGGGUCUGGGAUUUUGGAUUUCAGGAAAUGCCACUUUCACUGGUCUGGGCGGGUGGGGGGACAUGGGGAGGGUUACAAGUUUGAAAAAAAAAAAUCAAAGGUAAUGUAUGGGGGGGGGGGGUUAGAAAACAUCUCAUGAACAAAAUACUGUUACUGGCCUUGCCUCUAUAAAUCAUUGCAAACCUCAAGCAGUGAAAGUCCAAACACUAUACCUUUGGUCAUUUCUUCUCCAUGUUCUUAUUUAACUCAGCUUUCCAGCUCAUCCCUCGUUGUGAGAGGAGACUAUUGGAUCGUUUGAUUGCAUGCAUUCACACAGAGUGUUGCAUCUGAACUUUUGAAUUUAAUUUAAAUGCUUUUAUAAUUGUGAUAAUAUCUAUGUCAUCUGGCUGUAGGUUUGCACAACUAGAUUCUUCUAAUUUUCUUCUUCCUUUGUUUGCGUGUUUUCUGUUUUGUUUUGUUUAUGUCACGUCAGUUCUUCUGUUAUUGUCAUGGUCGUUGUUAUUAGGGCUACAAAUGGUCGCAGUUACCAAAUGAGAUUUGUAGGAUUUUGUCAUUUUCUGUAAAUCUCCACAUGAAAGCCUUGUCUUGUGACCUGUGCGGGCAAGUUAUUCUCAGACCAAUAUAUAAAUACAUACAUACACACACAGUAUGUCACAGUAUAUGAACAUGUUUAGGGUUAGGGCAUAUACACAAACACAUGGAAAGCAUGUAUACAUUUAGUAAGGAAGUGCAAAUGGACAUACGGUGCAUGUCGAGGUGAAUGGGUUUUCGACACCAGGUCCCAGGUACACGUACUCUGUGCUCACAAAGGGACCUUUGUUAAUUUCCAGCUCCGUGUUGUUUGGUUAUAUCUUCCAGCUGAGCCAUACAUGUGUGGAAGCUGUGUUUCAUUUAGGGCAAAUGUAUGUCAAAGACGAGAUGAGUGUUUGACCGGCUCUUGUAUUUAACCGCUUUUCUUUUUCACUCCACCGAAAGCCUUUUCUGGUUGGUUGUUUUCAUCGGUUGACGCCUCUCUGCUUUUUGCAGUCGUGUUGGUUUCUGUAACUGCACUAAGGUUUAAUGAGUUUUUCACAAUAUCGUUUCCUCCAAGUGCGAGAGCAGAACAUGCGUAAACCAUAGCUACGUCAGUGAAAAGUGAUGGCAUGAUGACAUUGUACUGCUCCAGAGCGACUGGUCAUUUUUAUGUCAAACGUACUCACCCAAAAUUGUUAAAUCUUCAGAUUCAGAGAAAUAAAAUCAGUUGAGUGUGACACUCUUCUUUGAAUGAUUUGACUGUAAAGGCCUAAUUGUUUUUUUAACCCGUGUCUAGCAGCAAUUCCACUUUUUUAACUGAAAUU